AUGCAGUUCGCUCUACCACCUCGGAGGAACCUCAAUGCUCCUCUAUACGGCCGCUCUUCCCGGCUGUCGUUACAACGCAGAAAACAACUUAAAGCUGUUGCGAUAUUAGGAUUCGCACUGGUGGUGAUUUACUUCCUAUUAUCGCAACUAUUUUAUUCGAGUACAGGAACUCCUGCAGCACCAGCCGGGACGUCAAGUCUUGUCAUUGUGACAGUUCUAGACCGUGCCCGCUGGAGCGCCGAUUACAUUCAAAAGAUCACCAAGAAUAGAGAAGGAUACGCCAAGCAACAUGGUUAUACGAAUUUCUUUGCCAACCUAUCCGAUUACGAAACUAUACUGGAGAGCGCCCCGCGAAGCUGGGGCGUCGUCCCAGCCGUUCGACAUGCGAUGGGUACCCAUCCGUACUCGAAGAACUUCUUCUACCUCGAUGCGCAUGCGCUGAUCAUGGACCCGAGCAAGUCGCUGGAAUCGCAUCUCCUCGAAAAGAGUCGUCUAGACUCAUUGAUGCUCAAGGACGUCCCCGUCGUCCCGCCAGAUAGCAUAAUCAGGACCUUUUCGCAUCUACAGCCCCAGGAUGUGGACCUCAUUCUCAGCACAGACAGCGAGAGUCUUAGCUCCGGAAGCUUCGUUAUCAAACAGGGAGAGUUUGCACAGACAUUCCUAGACAUAUGGUUCGAUCCUUUGUAUCGCAGCUACAACUUCGCUAAGGCCGAGGCACAUGCUUUGGAUCAUAUCCUCCAGUGGCACCCGACGAUUCUGGCCAGACUAGCCUUGGUUCCUCAGCGGAUAGUCAACGCAUACAGCAAAGACUCGUCGGGCGCUGGUGCGGAUGGAAGCUAUAAGGACGGUGACUUGGUCAUUCGCUUCUUUGGAUGUGACACAGAUACGAAGCGGAAUUGCGAGAAAGAGAUGGAACCAUAUUACCGUCUAUGGAGCAAAAAACUCAAAAAAGAUUGA